UUUAGGCAUUAUAAAUAGACAGACCCACACUUGGAGCAAAGAAGUAACUAUUUUGUCAAAUACUAGUCCAUUCGAGUUGAAACGUUCAGUGAACAGCUAGAAUGGUUUCCAACACAAUCCGUGUAGCAGUAGGAAUUCUAGGAAAUGCUGCUUCCAUGCUCCUGUAUGCAGCACCUAUAUUAACAUUUAGGAGGGUGAUCAAGAAGGGCAGUGUAGAAGAAUUCUCUUGUGUUCCAUACAUCUUAGCUCUGUUCAACUGCCUCCUGUACACAUGGUAUGGGCUUCCUGUAGUAAGCUCAGGAUGGGAGAAUUCUACAGUGUCUUCCAUCAAUGGGCUUGGCAUACUGCUUGAGAUCGCAUUCAUCAGCAUAUACACAUGGUUUGCACCCAGAGAAAGAAAGAAGUUUGUGUUGCGAAUGGUGCUACCCGUUCUUGCAUUCUUUGCGCUGACAGCAAUUUUUUCAAGCUUUCUGUUUCAUACGCACGGUUUACGCAAAGUUUUUGUGGGUAGUAUUGGCCUGGUGGCUUCCAUAUCGAUGUACAGCUCUCCAAUGGUAGCUGCAAAACAAGUCAUAACAACAAAAAGUGUGGAGUUCAUGCCCUUCUACCUGUCAUUGUUUUCCUUCCUCUCCAGUGCUCUAUGGAUGAUAUAUGGGCUUCUAGGGAAGGAUCUCUUCAUCGCGGUUAGUACAUACCGGUCACCAAACUUCAUUGGCUGUCCAAUGGGUAUCCUUCAGUUGGUCCUGUACUGCAUUUACAGGAAAAGCCACAAGGAAGCUGAAAAGCUUCAUGACAUCGACCAGGAAAAUGGUCUGAAAGUGGUAACCACGCAUGAGAAGAUAACUGGAAGGGAGCCAGAGGCUCAGAGAGAUUGAUGUGUUUUAUGUACUCACUUGGGGACUUUGUUUCAUUUCUGUUGUCUUAAGAGUAGGUACGAUAGCAGACUACAAACAUAUUUUAAGGAGAUAAAGAAAAGAGAGAAAAGCAACGGGCUAUAAAUUUGUAGCUAGCCGCAACACACUCCAAGAUGCAAUGUAUGUAUAACAGGUGGGAUCAAGUAUUAAUAGUGUAGUAACUAUUGUAUGAAUUAGCUAUUAAAUUAAUUAUAAAUGAUUAGGAGCUAGUAGUUGACUAUACUAUUAAA